GAGAGCAUCGAGCAGGCAACUAGGCUCCUUACGCGGCUUCGCAUGGUGGACGAGGUGAACAAGAUGAUGGACAAGACCAUGGAGGAAACCGCCUUGCCUCCCCUGGAAGCAGCGAUACAGACCGCCCACAGCCACUUCUUCGUGGAGGAGGAGUCCCUUCAGAGCUUCCCC